AUGAAUUUUAAUGCUAGUCAACAUGUAAAUUUUAUUUACAACUAAACCAAUUCAAUAAAAAAAAUAUAUUUUAUGCAAUAAUCAGUAACUUUAUUUGCGACUCUGACAAAAAUUCAUCAUCAUUAAGCAAGAAUGGAGGUUAAAAAUCCACAUUUUGAAUGUUCAUAGAAUGGCUGCUUUACUAAUUUUUAUGUUCAGAAAGGUCUUCUUUUCUAAUCUAGUGAAAUAAAAGGAGAAUGUGGAACAAAAAAAGGAUAACAUUAAGUAUAUUGUUGUAGACAAUGUUACUUAAGGAAAUUCAUAUGA